CCAAUCUCUUACGUCACCCACCUUUGACUCUCUCUAUCCCAUUCAUUCCAUCUUUAAACGCCCCAUUCUCUUUGAUUUCCCACUGUCUCAACUAAAGAACCAUGGUGAGAGCAAGAGACGAUCUAUGCAUAAGCGUUCCCAGCUUCUUCAAGUGCCCCAUCUCUCUCGACGUCAUGAAAUCCCCUGUCAGCCUCUGCACCGGAGUCACCUACGACCGCUCCAGCAUCCAACGCUGGCUCGACGCCGGCAACAACACCUGCCCCGCCACCAUGCAACUCCUCCAUACCAAAGACUUCAUCCCCAACCGUACUCUCCAAAGCCUCAUCCAGAUCUGGUCCGAUUCGCUUCUUCGCCACCCAACCCCUUCCGAACCGCUCCCUUCCCCUGACCAAGUCCUCCGAACCGUCUUCGACUUCAAAUCCGACUCGGACUCCCUCCGGUUCGGUUCGCUCUCGAAACUCCUCCUCUUCGCCAAAGAUUCUCUCCAAAACAAACUUUUCCUCGCAAAAUUAGAAGGCUUCGUGAAUCAACUCGUUCGCUUCCUCCAUAAUGUCGACGUCGGAGUAACCGCGGGAACGAGUGUUGAAUUUCUCGAACAAGUCGUUAUCGUGUUGGGUUUGAUUCUCGAUAGCAUCGAGGAUCGCGAGGGAUUGAAAAACUCUAUGCUGAAAGGAAAGAAACAAAGCUUAGAUUCUCUGCUUUUAGUUCUCCAACGAGGAAGCUUGGAAUCAAAAAUUGCCUCCGCUAGGGUUCUUCAAUUCGUCGCCGUGGACGCGGAGGCGAAGAUUUCAAUCGCCGAGAAGGAAAGUGUGGUGGCGGAGUUGCUGAAAUCGGCGGCGCCGGAGAAAGAUGCGGCGCUGAUCGAGGCCGCUCUGGCGAGCCUGGUGGCGAUUUCGGCGCCGAAGCGGAACAAGUUGAAGCUGGUGAACCUCGGAGCGGUGAAGGCGAUGACGAGGCUGUUGACGGAGGCGAAUUUGGGCGCCGCGGCGGUGGAGAAGGUGUUGAAGAUUGUGGAGACGGCGUCAUCGACGAGGGAGGGGCGGAGCGAGAUAUGCGAGGAGGCGACGGCGGCGUGUGUGGCGGCGGUGCUGAGCAAGGUUCUGAAGGUGUCGAGCGCGGCGACGGAGCACGCGGUGACGACGCUGUGGAGCUUGUGUUACCUGUUCCGCGAUCGCAAGGCACAGGAGGCGGUGACGCAGAACAAUGGCUUGACCAAGAUUCUGUUGCUGAUGCAGAGCAAUUGUGCGCCGCACGUGCGACAAAUGUGCACCGAUUUGCUCAAGAUUUUUCUGGCGAACUCCAAGUCUUGCCUUUCGUGCUACGACACCAAAACCACGCAUAUCAUGCCGUUUUGACGCUCUCUCCCUCACAAUCACACCACGUAGUAAUUAAAAUUGCUUGUAAAAUGUAAAUCAAACCAAAUUUUGUUUGUUCAUAGACAAAUUUAAAAAAAAAACCAAUAUCACAAAGGGAAAUAUUCAUUUCGAGCUCCUUACGUUUAGUGUCAAUUGUGAAUCUUAAUGGUCUUGCACUCUUACUAGUGUGUGUGCAAUGCACGAAGCUUGCCAACGAUUUGGACACUGUGUGUUUAAUUUUUGGUUGAGGAUGAGCCUAAUUUACAUUUGUCAAACUAAUUAUUAUUUGUUUGUUUGCA